UAUAAAUUCUAUGGCAGACUUCCUAUCAAUCUGGGGUAAAAUAGAGACUAACUCAAUCAUUCUUUCUUACUACGGGAGAUACAAGGACUGGUUACGUAUAAUGCUGCUUCUCUGAAAAACCACAAACAGCCUAUUCGUCAAAAACAAGGACAUUUACUUGACCAAAGAGAAAAUAACACUCUGGGAUGACUCUGAAGACAUUGAGAAAUACCUUGAACUCUUCUCAAACAAGAAGAACAGGCUAGGAGAGAACUGAAAAAUAAACCUAGAAUUAUCUAACGAGUCUUCUCAGGAGUUGCUCAGACUUCUUUCUGAACUCAAUUUUCCAACAUUUAAUCCGUUCUCGAGAUACAUAUAUGAAUCCGUUACUAUAACCAACCUGGACUGCACCUCAACAUCAUUCAGGAAGGAUAUCGCAUACUUUUUGCACCAUUGCAUACCAAAAUACAUAAAAUCGUUAACACUUGGAGGAGGCGAGAAAUACCCACAGAUAAACUCUUUCAGAGUCCCUCUUGUACAUUCUUUGCCAAAUGUGUGAAUCUCAGUAUGCAUCCGAGCAGUCAAGCUGAAUGAUGACCUUCUUCAAGCAAUCUUGGAAGGCUCAAGAAACUGUCGUGAGAUCACAAUCUCUGACUGCAUCUUAAAUCUUCGCAAAAAGUUUAAAAUUUAGUACAGAUUUAGAGUACAAAUACACCAAAGUCAUGCUUCUUGGUGAUUCAGAUAAAUUGAAUGAUAGAGUCCUUGAAAUCAUCGGCCAAAAGAUGGCUUUAACGAACCUAAAAUAGCACUCUAAACUACAUAGAACUGAGCUGCAGUGACUGUAACCUAACUUACAUUCAAGACCUUUUUCAUAUCAUGGGAUUUAAGAAUCUGUACGUGCAUUGAACCAGCACUGAAACCAAUAAUAAAGAGAGUUAUGAAGAUUCACCAUCCACUUAGAAGCCUAUAGGGACCUCUAACAACAACUCC